CAGGCUCAGAGCCUGUGGGAGAAAAGAGAAAAACAGACUGUAGCUGGGAUGGGCCCCACCGAGUAGAGCGGGAUCCGGGAUCCGGACUUCCCGCGCAACCCUCACCCGGAGCAGCCCACUCCGCACCGCGUCCCACACGCGCGCUGCCACUCCGAGGCGGGACCCGAAGUUCUGCGUGAUGCUCAGCACAUGACCACAGAAGCAGAAUAGGCUCUUCUCCGAGUAAGAGUCUGCAAAGAGACCGUCCUCCCGCGGAAACACGGAUUCGGGCUCGGAUUCUGGAUCUGGGUCGGGGUCUGCCAUUCGGACGACAAAGUGCCAGGGCGCCACGUCCCGCGCUCGGAUCCCGGAUCUGCAGUGGGGUGGGGCUUGGGGGACCGUGGGCCGUCUGGGCUUCCCCGCGGCACCGAGCCCCGCCUCCUGGAAUUUGCCCUCCUCCCUCCAGUUUGACUUCCUAGAGGUUGCAUGAGGAGCUGUCCCUCUCGUCCUGGUCCCCAGGACACACCUGUCGGGACCCAGGCCGGACCACGGGGGUCAGACCAGGCAGACUGCUCCGAGGCCCAGGGCAGAGGGCAGAGGAGCGAGGAUUAAUUCUACGCCCUGUGAAGCCAGAGGAGAUGGACUGGUCUGAGCUCUACCCAGAGUUCUUCGUUCCAUUGACUCAAAAUCAGAGCCAUGAUGACCCAAAGGAUGAGAAAGAGAAAAGAGCUCAGGCCCAAGUGGAGUUUGCAGACAUAGGCUGUGGCUAUGGUGGCCUGUUAGUGGAACUGUCACCACUGUUUCCAGACACACUGAUUCUGGGUCUGGAAAUCCGGGUGAAGGUCUCAGACUACGUACAAGACCGGAUUCGGGCCCUACGUGCAGCUCCCGGAGGUGGCUUCCAGAACAUCGCCUGUCUCCGUAGCAAUGCCAUGAAGCAUCUUCCUAACUUCUUCCACAAGGGCCAGCUGAUGAAGAUGUUCUUCCUCUUCCCUGACCCACAUUUCAAACGGACGAAGCACAAGUGGCGAAUCAUCAGUCCUACACUGCUGGCAGAAUAUGCCUACGUGCUAAGAGUUGGGGGGCUGGUAUACACCAUAACCGAUGUGCUGGAGCUACACGACUGGAUGUGUACCCAUUUUGAAGGGCACCCCCUGUUUGAGCGUGUGCCUCUGGAGGAGCUGAGUGAAGACCCUAUUGUGGGACAUCUGGGCACCUCAACAGAAGAGGGAAAGAAAGUUCUACGAAAUGGAGGAAAGAAUUUCCCAGCCGUCUUCCGAAGAAUACAGGAUCCCAUCCUCCAGGCAGUGACCACCGACCCCACCCCACUUGGUCACUGACUGCUCACCCUGCCUUAAUCAGACCCCUUCUUGCACAGGCUGGAAAGAAGCAGGCCCUCUGCCCCUUCCCAGCAAAGACUCUGGGGCUGAGAGACAGAGCUCUCAAAGAAGUUGGGGAACUGCCCAGGGCAGAACCCUAGUGUUCGCAGCUACCACUGACUCCUCUCACCUUCUUUCCCUUCCGUUGCCAGCAGAGGCAAAAGAAGCUGACUGGGGAAGUCAAAGGACUUUGGACCAGAGGGGAUCUUUGGAAGGGUGUGGGGUCUUGCGCUCCCUAAGCACUCCCUUCUCUUUCUGGAGUCUCUCCUCAGCUGGAGUGAGGAACAACUGCUCCACUGUCCAUCUAAACCACCUGCUGAGCUCAAA